AUUCAAAUUUCUGAAACCUUAAAGGCCAGCGAUUAGCGAGCGUACAAAAUUCCAUUUUUGUAAACCCUUAAGAUCAGCGUCUCUCCUUCAAUUUCAAGCCGACCCUCUUCGUUUCCCUUCUCUGCAAGUCUUCUCGCUCUCGCCAUGGCUAUGGCUUUAAGACCCAUAGAUAAUGCUCUACCGAUUACGCCAGAAAGGCCGAAGAAGCAAGCGAAAGUUGUCGUUCCAGUCCAGAAGCGGAAUGAUUCCGGCGUAAACGAUGAGAACAAGGCUCCGGUUCCUCCUUCUGCCGACGCCGCCGUUGAUUACGUUUCUUCUGAGGAUCUGAAGCCCUUGACAAACCCUGAUUCUAAUAAUUUUGUUGAAGGAUUAGAUUCGAAGGAUUGGGUUAAGGUCUGCGAGGCACUCAAUAAUGCUAGGCGUCUCGCGCUAUUUCACUCCGAUCUUCUGAUCCCCUCGUUAGAGAAAGUUAUGGCGGUGCUGGUGAAGUCGAUGAAAAACCCUAGAAGUGCCCUAAUCAAGACCUCGAUCAUGGCCUCAUCCGACAUCUUCAAAGCAUUUGGCGAUCAAUUACUCGACACAUCCACAAGCGAUGCGUAUGAUCAAUUGCUGCUCCAAAUAUUACUCAAAGCUUCUCAAGACAAAAAGUUUGUGUGUGAAGAAGCAGACAAGGCAUUGAACACCCUGGUUCGGUCCAUGACUCCUCUGUCUCUGCUGCACAAGCUUCGGCCAUAUGUUUCCCAUUCCAACCUUAGAGUCAGAGCCAAAGCCGCCAUUCCAAUCUCCAAUUGUGUCUCCAAGAUGGGUCUGGCAGAAAUGAACCAAUAUGGGAUUGUUCCAUUGCUCCAGAUGGCUGCAGAUUUGUUAAACGAUAGGCUACCGGAGGCAAGGGAAGCCGCUCGGAGCAUUGUGAUGGGAAUGUUCAAGGCAUUCACAGAGAAUGAGGAGGAGAAACAGGAGGCAUGGCAAAGCUUUUGCCAAGCUAAUCUGUCGCCGAUUCAUGCUCAGUCUCUGCUCAAAGUUACCACCUCCUCUCAGUAGUGGUGUUGAUGAGUAUGAAUUUAGAGGUAAUAGUGCUGCUGCUGGACUUGGCAUAGCUGUAGGAUUCAGGUGUUUUAGUUUUGGAAAUUUGUGUGUUCUGUAAAAGCUUCUACUUUUACAUGAGGAGUUGUUCUGUAGGCAGCUUUUCUGGUAAUCUCUUUUCUGUUCACCUUUUUUUGGUGUGGAAGAUUGAUAGAAGGCAAUAAAAAAUUUUGUUGCUCAUUACCUGAUAGAGCGUGAUUGAAUGAGAAAUUUGAUGAUUGAAUUGGCUGUCAAAGAAA